AUGCGCGGGCCGCCGCCGGGCCCCACAGGAGCAGCCGCCCGGGGCGCGGGAGCUGCGGGCCGCGCGGCCGGGAUGAGCGCCAGCGCCGGUGGCGGCGGCGGGGACAGCGGCGGCGGCAGCAGCAGCAGCUCGCAGGCCUCCUGCGGGCCCGAGUCUUCGGGCUCCGAACUCGCCCCCGCCACACCGGCGCCGCGGAUGCUGCAGGGGCUGCUGGGCUCCGAUGACGAGGAGCAGGAGGACCCCAAGGACUACUGCAAGGGCGGCUACUACCCUGUGAAGAUCGGCGACCUGUUCAAUGGGCGGUACCACGUGGUGCGCAAGCUGGGCUGGGGCCACUUCUCCACCGUCUGGCUCUGCUGGGAUAUCCAGCGCAAGCGCUUCGUGGCCCUGAAAGUGGUGAAGAGCGCGGGGCAUUACACGGAGACCGCCGUGGAUGAGAUCAAGCUCCUGAAAUGUGUCCGGGACAGUGACCCCAGUGACCCCAAAAGAGAGACCAUUGUCCAGCUCAUCGAUGACUUCAGGAUCUCAGGGGUUAACGGAGUCCAUGUGUGCAUGGUGCUGGAAGUCCUGGGCCACCAGCUCCUCAAGUGGAUCAUCAAGUCCAACUACCAAGGCCUGCCCGUGCCCUGCGUCAAGAGCAUCGUGAGGCAGGUGCUGCACGGCCUGGACUACCUCCACACCAAGUGCAAGAUCAUCCACACAGACAUCAAGCCCGAGAACAUCCUGCUGUGUGUGGGCGAUGCCUACAUCAGGCGCCUGGCCACGGAGGCCACAGAGUGGCAGCAGUCAGGGGCCCCGCCCCCGUCCCGCUCCACAGUCAGCACUGCCCCCCAGGAGGUCUUGCCCGGGAAGCUGUCGAAGAACAAGAGGAAGAAGAUGCGGCGCAAGCGGAAACUGCAGAAGCGGCUGCUGGAGGAGCGCCUGCGGGACCUGCAGAGGCUGGAAGCCAUGGAGGCGGCGGCCCAGGCCGAGGACGCUGGCUCGAGGCUCGAGGGGGGCAGCGGCUCCACCUCCUCUUCCGGCUGCCACCCCGGGGGCGGGGCCGGGGCCGGCCCCUCCCCCGCCUCCUCCUCCCCCGCCACCGGGGGCGAGCGCAGCCUCAGCCCGGGCUCCCAGACGUCGGGCUUCUCGGGCUCCCUUUUCUCUCCCGCCUCGUGCUCCAUCCUCUCAGGCUCCUCCAACCAGCGGGAGACCGGGGGCCUCCUGUCGCCCAGCACACCGUUUGGUGCCUCGAACCUCCUGGUGAACCCCCUAGAGCCCCAAAACGCAGACAAGAUCAAGAUCAAGAUCGCAGACCUGGGCAACGCCUGCUGGGUGCACAAGCACUUCACCGAGGACAUCCAGACACGCCAGUACCGGGCCGUGGAAGUGCUGAUCGGAGCCGAGUACGGCCCCCCCGCCGACAUCUGGAGCACGGCGUGCAUGGCCUUCGAGCUGGCCACCGGAGACUACCUAUUCGAGCCUCACUCUGGAGAAGACUACAGUCGUGACGAGGACCACAUCGCCCACAUCGUGGAGCUUCUGGGAGACAUCCCCCCAGCCUUCGCCCUCUCGGGCCGCUAUUCCCGGGAGUUCUUCAACCGGAGAGGAGAGCUGCGGCACAUCCACAACCUCAAGCACUGGGGCCUGUACGAGGUGCUCAUGGAGAAAUACGAGUGGCCCCUGGAGCAGGCCACGCAGUUCAGCGCCUUCCUGCUGCCCAUGAUGGAGUACAUCCCCGAGAAGCGGGCCAGCGCAGCCGACUGCCUCCGGCACCCUUGGCUCAACCCUUGAGCCCCACAGGCACUCUGUGCAGCUUGAGGCGUGCCUGCCCCCCCACCCCCUCCCAGUGCCUUCAGGGAAAGCCGGGCGGCUCCUGCCACCCUGCGAGCCACCCUUCGGGAGCUGCCCUCCUCCACCCUGCAGUGUACGAGCUCUCUCGGGCCCCGCGCCCCGCGGCAGGGCAGAGAGAUGCUGGAGCCAGGCCCACCAUUCAGCAUUUGUUCUGUCCCCAGCCCUCACAGAGGGGCCCCGGAUGGGAAGUGUGCGUGUUUCUUUUCUUAAUAAAGUGUGAACUGAAA